AUUUACGUCAAGGUUGGAAUGUAUAUAAACAAUGGCUUAAGUUACAUUUCACAGUGUAAAACAAACUUUGUUAUAAUACUAACAUUAACACAGCCAGUGCAGAGAAAUGCAGCCUUCUCUCCUACCGGUUUUUUUCUUGCUCGCUCUUCUGGUUGUUGCGCAUGCGCAGUGGAAAGGGGCAGCGGACUUUAAAAUCGGAAAUAAAGGACCCAAUUUAAAGCUAUCGCUUGCACGAGAUGUUGGUAGAUGGAAUUUCAAAGGAUUUGGUGCCACUGACUUUAGAGGUGGUUGGUCCGCUGGAAUUGGAGUAGCAUUCAAGUUCAAAAGGUCAACUGGCGAGAACUCUAGAAAACACGUUAUGUGUCAUUUCUUCGUUUAUGACGAGAACAAUGAUGGUGUCAUCACAAAGGAAGAGAUGAUCGGCCUGUUUGACGACAAGACACGCGGCAGUAAUCUAUACGAUGAUUUCAAUACAACCAAAGAAAAUCUUGGAAUCACAAAGUCAGAUUUCUACAAAAGAGUGGCAUCCGUUAUCAAAGGCUGCGAUAAUGAUAUACAAAAGUAAAAUUAUUGGAUUCCUGAGUGGAUUUGAAAGCGGUGACGUCAUAAGAAGGCGUAACAUUUUUAAAAUUGUCAGUUAGUCCCACAUUUUUUGUUCAUUUAUUUUGAAUUUAAGUUCCAUGUUGUUUUUAUAUAUGU